AGUCCAGGUAACCCCAGCCGGAGCACCCGUAAAAUAAUCAAAAAAAUCUUCGUUCUUCACACCCGGGAUUUAUUUUUCCCCAAUUCUAUAAACAACUCGACAGUCGUCCAAAAGUUGAAAGCAUAAGAAAAUAAACAAAUGGGUUGCGGAGCCAGUACAGCCCAAGGCGCGACCGCCAGCGGUCCCGGCGCCGUCCCGGCCGCCGCCGCGUCCGCCCCCGCCCCAAAAGCAGCUGCAGCCCCCGCGGCAGCUGCGAAGAUGACCGCGUCCGGUCGGGACCCCGCGGUGUUCCUCGCGUCGGUCUUCAAGCAGCUGGACACGAACAACAGCAACGAGAUUGACAAGAAGGAGCUCCGUCGCGCGCUGGCCGCGCUCGGGCUGAACAAGGAGAAGGCGCAGGAGUUCAUGGACAAACUCGACCCGGAGGGCGGCGCCUCGGUGUCGGAAGCGAAGUGGAAGGGCAACAUGUUUCCGGAGCUGCAACACGCGAUCGAGGCGAAGCUGAACAACAAGAACCGCAUCGAGGGGUUCCGCCCUUUGGUGAACGCCGAGAAGGUGUUUGCGCAGAUCGACCAGGACCAUUCGGGAGACUUGGACAUGGAGGAGAUGAAGAAGAUCUUCGGGGACAUGGGCAUGACGGCGGACGAGACGGAGCAGAUCUUCAGUAAGAUGAACGUGGACGAGUCGGGAAAGAUUACGAAGGAGCAGUUCAAGGCGGGCCUGGACAAGAAGCUGCUCCAGCACUUCUCGAAGCACUUGAGUGACGAGGGAUUGGUCAAGGACCCGAAUUAUCCGCCGUACGGCCUGGCCCUGAACGUGCAGACUCUCCCGGACUGGAUCAAGCUGGGGUGCGGCGACAAGGAGUACUACUGCGAGGAGAAGGGCGCGACCUUCCCGGGGGACAAGUGCCCGGACCAGCUGCCCGACCUGUCCAACCACGGCAACCUGUGCGCGCUGGCGCUGCGCGACCACCCGGAAAUCUACGAAAAGUACAAGAACGUGACCACCCCGGGCGGGGUGUCGCUCGCCAAGUGCAUCAAGACCGGCAUCGACAACCCGGGACACCCGCACAUUCUCACCUGCGGGCUGGUGGCAGGAGAUGAGGACUGCUUCACCACGUUCAAGGACCUGUUCGACAUCGUCAUUGGCAAGAGGAACGGCGACUACCCGGCCGACGCAGUGCACACGACAAACAUGAACAUCGACGAACUCUCCACGACGAAGAUCGACCCGACGGGAAACUACUGUAUGAGAGAACUACUUUUAGAUUGUUGAUGUGUAUGACUAUGUAUGAUCACACUCAUCAUCAUUUCGUUACACCUUUGCCAGCAGUUAUUCAUCUUUGGUUCGUUUGCAUACACUGCUCGACAAACUUAACUAACUGAAACUUUCUACCCAUAAAUCAAAGCGCGCAAACGAACCCUCAGGCCUGACCACCCGGUGCCGCACCGGUCGUUCCGUCCGCGGUCUCCCCCUCCCACCCGCGUGCACCUUUGAGGAGCGUCGCGAGACCGAGCGCGUCUGCGUCAAGGGCCUGAUGAAGAUGGAGGGAGAGCUGAAGGGUCAGUACUUCCCGCUGAACGGGUCCAAGUCGAUGGACGACCAGGGGAUCUUUGGUAUGUCCGCGGAGAAGGAAGAGCACCUGCGUAACGCGGGCAACCUGUUCCAGGAGCCGGAUUCCACCCUGCUGCUCUCCUCCGGCUGCGGCCGCCACUGGCCGGACGCCCGGGGCAUCUUCCACAACGACGCGGAGAACUUCUUCGUCUGGGUCAACGAGGAGGAUCAGCUGCGCAUUGUGUCCAUGGAGAAAGGUAUGCAGCUCUUUUCUUUUUGAUAUUGAAUCGAUUCCAGCUCGAGAAAGAAAACGAGACGAAAGUAUUAUCGUAUGAUAUCUACUUUUCGAUGACUGUGUAUAACAACUACUACUACCAGGUGACAACAUCCACGCCAUCUUCACGCGGUUUGCCAACGCGACCAAGGCGGUGCAGGAGUGCCUGAAGUCCGAAGGGUACGACUUCAUGCACAGUGACCAUCUGGGAUACAUCCUCACCUGCCCGUCCAACCUCGGCACCGGACUCCGCGCGGGCACCAUGGUGAAGCUCCCGCUCUUCUCCGCCCGCCCGGACUUCAAGGACAUCCUGAAGAAGAUGAAGCUCCAGGCCCGCGGCACCGCCGGCGUAGACUCCGCAUCCACCGGGGGUACCUGGGAUAUCAGCAACGCCGAUAGGCUGGGGAUGUCCGAGGUGCAGCUCUGCAACCUGUUCAUUGAGGGCGUCGCACAGGUCAUCAAGUGGGAGCAGGCCUUGGAGGCCGGUGAGGACAUCGAGGCCGAGGUGGCUGAGGCAAAACCUCUGGGAAUCUAGAUGGAUGGCAUGUAACAGUACUUGAAUGUAAGAACGAAGCUUUUGGGAUAAUAUCGACGGGGGUAGUUUUACCAAACUGUACAUUGUCAUGUGAUCAUUGUGUCAUUGAACGUUUUUUCCACAGAGCAUUACACUAGCCUGCUUUUUUACAUGACAGCUGGACAUAAUUUCGUUUGCAAUUAUAGGGACGUUCUUGUUUUAUUGGCAGAGCAUCCAAAUGAAUAGCGCCGUCGCGUUGGUUUCCAGUGGUAUGUCAUUUCAAUUGCGUUAUUUCGUCAGGUUUUUCCAACUGAUGGAUCUCGAAAAAAGUCGUCACACGAUUUUUCCUCGUACUCAGGACCCUAGAGUAGAAGCUUCCAUAUUUAUAGUACCACCCGCAUGAAAAUAUUAUUAUCACAUUCAUUGCAGCAUCAUUUCAGCAUGAGCAGUAACCGACCCACCAUGACACGCUUUUUUCGGAACAGCACACUAAUCCCCCAGUACGUCUUCGCCCCCAUUGAUUCUCGAUAGGGAAAUAUUAAAGCAACUACGGUCAGCGUAGUACGACUUUGAAAAUAAACAGCGGGCCCUCGCCGUUGCUGGCGCUGCCAAAGGGUAGCGCCAGGAAAAGCGACCAUGCAGUCGUGG